AUGGUACUUGUCUCCGUGACUGUUCCCGUAACAGUUACGACCGGACCGGUAACGCUCGCAGGGCCUCUAGAAAUGGUGACUGUCACCGUGGUGGCCGAUGCAGGGCAGCUACUGCUUGUUGUAGUGGUGUUCGUUGCGGCAGAGGAGCUCGUGGUGGAGUUGGCGGACGAAGUCGUGGUCGCAGUGAGAACUGUGGAAGUAGAGUUGCGAGAGGACAUCCAAGUGGUGGAACCAGUAGUCAUGGAAGAGUUAUACCAAGUUGUCGUAGUGGAAAUAGGAGACGCAGAGUUGCUCGUCGUAACAGUUGCGUUUGAAGAUGCAGUCAUGCUCCUAGUUCUGCUAGUCCAGGUGGAGGUUGCAUUUGCUGAGGUGGAUGUUGUAAAAGAGCUAGUUAGGGUAUUGUUGGAAACCAAGCUUGUGCUGGUCGUGGUCGUGGAGGCGGCAGAGCUCGUUACUGAGUGGCCGGCUGUAGUAAUGUCUCUGCUAGAGGUACCGAACGAUCUGGAAUGGCUGCUGCCCCUGCUGUUGCUGUGGCUGUGGGAGCCAGACGGGCGGCGACUGUGCGAGGACCAAGUCACAGAAGUUGUGGCAGGGGCGCCUGUGAUCGUGCUUCCGGACGUAGUGGUGAUGGAGCCAGGGCUGGUAGAGGAGCUCGAGAUCACAAGGGAAGUAGAGCCAGUUGAAGAUGAUGAUGAAGCGGAUGAGGAGCUCCCAGCCUCGGUCGUGAUGGAACCCAGAGAGCUAGUGAGGGUUGAAGUGGACAUUGUGGUAGAACUUUCAGUCGUGGAUGUAGUAGAAUCGAUCAUCUUGCCACAUCUGCAGUUGUUGGUUGCGGCCGUAGUAUUGAAAACCACGCCCACGCAAGAUCCAGCUUUGUUCCCAUUUGCCGUAUCACAGCGAGCAGCGCACAAUUCUGGGCUGUCUCUGGUCAUCCAGUUCCCUCGGAAGCUGCUCUCCGCAUACGUGCGAUCACAGACAAAAUCGUACCUCACGCACGGAUUGUCUGGGUUCAGCAAGCUCAAAUUCGCAUACGGGCACGUGCUUGAAGAAGGAGCAGAUGUUGUGCUGGUAACAGAGCCUGAGACAGACAUCAUGCUGGAGGAGGUGGCGGUGGUUGCAGGGCUCUCACCCUCAGAUGUAGUCCAGCUGGUGAAUGGGCUAGAAAAGGUGACGGAGUCCUGA